AUGGAGACCUCAGCCACCAUGACGCCCGAACCCAGAUCGAAGUCAGCUUUGUGGGGGGGCACACCGCAAUACGACUAUGUCUGCUUUGAGAAACGCACCCAUUACGGGAUACCUUUGGAGGCAGGACGCGAGGCCGGGGGGACAGGGGACGACCUGCACUACCUGGAGAACUCCCUCAGCUACCCACAGCUUUAUGGCCAAUACACAGACCAGAUAACCAACUUUGAAGAGAAGGAAGCAGCAAAAUUACUGAAUAAGAAGCAGGCCCAAAAGAACAAUGAAAGACCCCUGAAACGUGAAAGUCAAGUAGAGAUCAAAGAAGAGCACUAUUCCAAAUGUCAAGACUGUGCUAGACGCAUCCAGAAAUAUGUUACCAAGAAGCUUGGAGAGGACUGGAUUUUCUUGGUUCUGCUGGGUCUGGUCAUGGCGUUGGUGAGCUGGGGAAUGGAUUAUGCCAGUGCGAAGAGCCUACAGGCCUACAAGUGGAUGUACAGAGAGCUGCACCCGAAUGUUCCUAUGCAGUAUCUGGCAUGGGUCUCAUACCCACUUGUUCUUAUUCUGUUUGCGGCCAUUUUCUGCCACCUCGUCUCUCCACAGGCUGUUGGGUCUGGGAUCCCAGAGCUCAAGACCAUUAUGAGGGGAGUGGUCCUCAAGGAAUAUCUCACUCUCAAAGCUUUUGUGGCCAAAGUUGUGGGCCUCACAGCUGGGCUUGGAAGUGGCAUGCCUGUGGGGAAAGAGGGUCCUUUUGUGCAUAUUGCCAGUAUCUGUGCUGCAGUCCUCAGCAAGUUCAUGUCAAUCUUCUGUGGUGUGUAUGAGCAGCCAUAUUAUUACACGGAUGUCCUGACUGUGGGUUGUGCUGUGGGGGUCGGCUGCUGCUUUGGGACACCACUUGGAGGGGUCCUUUUCAGCAUUGAAGUCACUUCCACUUACUUUGCUGUGCGCAAUUAUUGGAGAGGUUUCUUUGCAGCUACCUUUAGUGCCUUCAUUUUCCGAGUCCUUGCUGUUUGGAACAAGGAUGCAGUUACCAUCACAGCCCUGUUCAGAACAAAUUUUCGCAUGGAUUUCCCCUUUGAUCUCCAAGAGCUGCCAGCAUUUGCUGUAAUAGGGAUAUGUUCUGGAUUCCUUGGAGCAUUUUUCGUUUAUCUCAAUCGCCAAGUGGUUCUAUGCAUCCGGCGUCAUACAGCUCUGAGCCAGUUUCUCACCAAGUACCGCCUGAUAUACCCUGGGGUUAUAACCUUCCUUAUAGCAACUGUGACCUUUCCUCCUGGAUUUGGGCAGUUCAUGGCAGGAGAGUUGAUGCCAAGGGAAGCCAUCAGCUCUCUCUUUGAUAACUAUACCUGGGCAAAAUACACAGGGGACCCUCAGAUCCUAGGGAAAUCUGCUGCCUGGAUACAUCCUAAAGUCAGUGUCUUCAUCAUCAUCCUGCUCUUUUUCCUCAUGAAGUUCUGGAUGUCUGUCAUUGCUACUACGAUGCCAAUCCCCUGUGGAGGCUUCAUGCCUGUUUUUGUUCUAGGUGCUGCAUUUGGGCGUCUUAUUGGAGAAAUCAUGGCAUCACUUUUUCCCAAUGGGAUCCUCUUUGAUGGUAUUGUUUAUCAAAUCUUACCUGGAGGAUAUGCUGUCAUUGUCUUCUUCUCUCCCUAUUCCUUUUCCACCCUACCUGUGAAAGGUGCAGCAGCUCUGACAGGAGCAGUGAGCCACACUGUCUCCACUGCUGUGAUCUGCUUCGAGCUGACAGGUCAGAUCUCUCACAUCCUCCCCAUGAUGGUGGCUGUCAUUCUUGCCAACAUGGUGGCCCAGAGUCUGCAGCCCAGCCUCUAUGAUAGCAUCAUCCAGGUGAAGAAGUUGCCCUACCUGCCAGACCUGGGCUGGAAUCACAUAAGCAAAUACAAUAUCUUUGUUGAGGAUAUUAUGGUCCAAGAUGUGAAAUUCGUCUCCUCCAACUGUAAAUACCGAGACUUGCAAACUUUACUACAAAGCACCACUGUUAAGACUUUGCCUUUGGUCGACUCACCAGAGACCAUGAUCCUUCUGGGGUCUGUAGAGCGAUCUGAACUGCAGGCUCUCCUCCAGAGACAUAUAAGCCCAGAACGGCGACGGCUCCUCAACAGAGAAAUGCAACAGAAGCUGUCUGAGGCACCCUACGAUGGGCACAGCAAGGGACCGUGGGCAACCCUGCCAAAGCUGAAGCAUGAAUCUUUUGCUUAUGUUGAUGAGGAUGAGGAUACAGAUGAGAAGAGAGAGCUGCCUCGACCCCCAAGUCCCACUCCCAGUUACCUAGAGGAGCCCAAUGGCCCGACAAGUCCUCUUAAACAAAUGCCUGAAACUUUGGAGCCACAGCAACUCCCAGGCACUUUCAGGAGUUUGAGGCAACUGAUCCAGCAGCUCUUGUGCCAUUACAACCGUCCACUUGAAACAGAGAGUGCCGUCCAGGAGCCGGUGGAAGUCGUUGACACAAUGAGGCCAGAAGAGAUAGAUGCUUGGGAACAGGAGGAGCUGAACAAGAAUGUGUGCUUUGGCAGCUGUCGCAUAGACCCUUCCCCUUUCCAACUGGUGGAGAGAACUUCCCUGCACAAGACGCAUACAUUGUUCUCAUUACUGGGCCUCAGCCAUGCCUAUGUAACCAGUAUGGGGAAGCUGAGGGGAGUGUUGGCUUUGGAAGAGCUCCAGAAGGCAAUAGAGGGCUCCACACGCUCUGGGGUUCGCCUCCGCCCACCCCUUGCCAGUUUCCGCGAUACCAACCGGACUUCUAUCAGCAGUGAGAAGGUCAGUCAGGCCACUCAGGUGUGCAGCCGGGAGGACCACCACACGGCAGCAGCACAGCAAGCAGCAGACUUGGGCACAGAGAGCCCACUGCCUCCCUGCUCACACUCCCCCCAGCCUUCACAGUUGCAUGAAGAGGGGGAAGUCCUGUGCUCCACUUAUGCCACUGAUACCGAGUUGGAAGAGAUGGAGCUGACAGGGCCAGUUGCUGAAAACAUCUCAGACAUCCUCAAGGACAUAAGCCUACACUCCACUGACCUGGAUGAGGAUGAAGAUGAGGAUGAGGAUGUCCCCUUAUAGCUGGUGUGAGGGGAGUAGUCCAUCACAAUCUUCAGUUGAGCCAGUCGUCUUGUGUUUGCUCCUCAAAAAGAAGCUUUUGGAUGUUCUUUGCAAUCCCCACAGAGGUUUGAUUCAGCUGGGAGAAGGGGCAUCAGACUGACCCUUUCUUCUGCUGCUUUCUUUCUGUGCAAAGACUGUUAGGCUGUUGGACUAUACAGGUGCAUGCAGGAGUCAGAUGUGGACUGCAAGGUGGCUAAGGGCUGGCUCAUAAAUGCUUAGGCUUCUGUCUACAUGGCAGAAGGGAUUGUAAUAGGACAUGGAUACUGCUGGACACAGUCAGGAUGCUCUAGGUCAAUCUGCCAUGUGGAAAGUGGAAGAGAAGCAGCUCUUCUCAUUCUCCGUUCAUGUCAUCCUUCCAGUCACACCUGGCCUGCAUGCACCAGUGUAAACACUGCUGGAUCCAGCCUAGAAGCAUAUUGCUGCUUCUGACUGCAAUCCUGUCCAUGUUGCUGCAGCUCCUUUUCACUAGCUCUUAUCUUGCACAGCCCCCAAACAUUCCCGUGUAGAACAUUUGUCCUCUUUCUCAAUUUUUACUCUGGGAUUUUCCUGGAUGGGGGUGCAGUUAGGAGCUUCUCCUCUGCCCUUUAGCUGAGCCGUACCCGAAAAUGAGAUGGGAGGAAAAUAUCUGGUCUAUGUCUCAUGUCUUGAAUUCAGCCAGGGCUCUAAGAAAAGCACUGGAAGAGAGGAAAGCCUCUUUGUUUUCCCAUCAUCUCUGGAGUUUUUAAAUAGAAUGGGAAAAUCUUAAAUGGGGGCAUCCUCAGUGUUGGAGGAAGAGGAGUAGAACAGCAUGUAUGCACCCCUGUAUUUCAAAUACCUGUGUUUGUCUCUCUGAAUCACUGUUCACAAUUUUUGCAAAGUUAUAGUCUUAAAAUAUAAGAACUGAAAAAAAUAAUUAUGGAGUGUUAGCAGGCUGCCAAGAAAUAUAGCAGAGGGAAGCCACGUUUUCUACACUUGGAAAACAGGUUUCUUUCUGAAAACUCCUGCUUUCUUUCCUGGUAAUUCUACCCCGCCUACUUUCCACAUAUUUCUGCAUACCUCAGAUCUGAGAAUUCCAGCUCUCACUUUUGCCGGCUUGUCUGUUGUGACUAACAGCAGAGACCUCAACCCUUGUCUGCAGCAUCCCUCUCUAUUCCAGUUCUAAAUCUGGAGCAGAUCUUGAUCUGUAUCUUGCAAAAAGAUGUCUUGUCAGUUCAUGUCAUGCAUGCAAAAUGUUAGCAUCCAAAGAUAAGAUGCUGCUUUGUUUAACUCACUGUCCUUGUGAGGUUUUCUCAGUAAAUAGGCAAAAUCAAAUUCUGUGUAUUCUGCAGCUUUCCUCUAACAUUUUCCAUAUCUUUCCAUCAUAUUUUUGGUGUGUCAUGGCCCUUAGAUGCAGUCCCAAGAAGCCUAUUGGAUGUGUUUCUAGUUAUCAGCAACAGAGAAGAAAUCCAGGUUCUGAGAAUAUGUUCUUGGGGGUAUUCUCCCAGAUGUUGGGCCACAUCCAUUUUCCUGGUAUUAGUAAAGCAUUGUCUAACUCAGAGUGGCCAGUUUCACCUUAACAGGUGGUUUUUCAUAAGCUUGUCUCAGGAACAAGUCAAAAAUAUCAUUACCUCUAACCCAGUCUCCCUAGGAAAAUUCCCUCCUGGCUUUAAUUCCAAGGAUUGACCUUGCACCAAUUCCUCUCUGAUGACGCUCAUGGGUGGGAGAGUCUAUGACAAGCUUUUAGUAGAGGGAAAUCUCCCCAGCUAGUCUCUUGAAGAGGGAGAGAUUUAUUUUUGCUGUCUGGAAUUCAGAACCCACCAGCUGUGCAUUGUCUCUGACACAUGAUUCCGCUUCUUUAAACUAACUGGGGACAGCCUUUCCCUGCCUAAGUCAUCUUCACUCCUCUGAGGGUCACCCUGUCUCCUUGUGAGAAGACAGCGGUGAUCUGCAGGCAAGUCUCUUAUGCACACCAGCUGCUUGCUUCUACCACAGGGUUGUGGCACAUUUCUGGCUGCCAGGCAUCAGCACACAGCCUCCCUGCUACCUUUGCGUCACCUUCCCCUGCCUGCAGAGAAGAGGCUUUUUUUUUCUCAGGGAACAGUGCUAGUCCUUUAAACAAGCAGGGGGGAAAGGACAUUUCUUUUAAAAACCCAUAAAUGUGUGGUGAGUGGCAACUCUGAGACCAAAUCUGAUCUGAGGGUCCACACACCCUCAGGAAGGACAAGUUUCUCCAAGUCAGCCUCAGUCUUAUUACUAGCAAGUACAGACUUACAUUUUGCAGCUUAGCCAAUCGCUUGCACUGAGACAGAUGAGAGAAGGAGAACCUUUGAGGCUGGAGUCAAUACAUCUCCUCCUCCUCUCUCCUGAAUACAGAUAUAUGUUCUGCUCCAGUCCCACACUUCUCCUACAGUGUGUUACAGAAGAACUGGGAUCUGACUGGCUGAGAAAGCAGAUGGAGUCUAAAUCAAAGCCAGAGAGUGUGUGAGUCAUGACAGACAGAUUGUGAGCUGGGGGAGAUGAAGCUGGAACAAAAAUGAUGCACAUGGAGAGGCUUGGGGAGCUCCAAGUAGACACAAGCUAACCUGGAAAGCUUCUUGAGGUUUGUCACCUGAAAGUACAGGAGCACACACGUGUGGGCCCACACAUGCACACACACCUCUCCAUUUCUAUUGCCUUUAGCUGUCCCAGAAUUACCAGGAGGAGCUGGAUGGCUCUCUAUGGGGAAGUUGAAAGGUGGGUGUUACUGCUGCUCUUUGGAGGCAUUACUCAAGAUCCUUUCCAGGCAUGCCCCCACCCUUGGAGCAGAAGGAGCAUUCAUCCGCACCAUUUUCUCACCUGGGAAAAAGUAUGCAUACAUGAAUUUGUAUAGGGAACCAGGAGGGGACAAAAAACGUACUGCAAAGAUGGUUUUCAAUGGCUGAAGAUGUUUCCAUUUCCAUUUUAACAAUAAAAUCUUCACUGAGCUGAUGCCAAGUACUUUAAC